AUUUGGACUAGAACAAUGGCAAGGCAAGUACUGCUGCUUCUGUGUCUCCUCUCCGUCGACUCGGUGCUGGGACAAGUCAGCUACAGUAUUCCGGAGGAAAUGGCCAAAGGCUCUCUAGUCGGUAACAUAGCACAAGAUUUAGGUUUGGAAACAAGACGGUUGGCAUCUGGUAAAGCUCGAAUAUAUACCAGAGAUAGCGACGAGUACAUCGAGCUGAACAGAGAUAGAGGAGUCCUCCUUGUUAAACAGAGAAUAGACAGAGAGGCGCUCUGCAGACAGACGACGCCUUGUGCUCUACAUUUUCAGAUUAUUUUAGAGAAUCCUAUGGAGUUUUACAGUGUUACAGUGCAGAUCACAGACAUUAAUGAUAACGCACCAGCCUUUGGGGACGGCGAAAUUAAAUUUAAUGUAAGCGAAUCAGCUGUGAUUGGUGCAAAAUUUGUGCUAGAAAGAGCGGAAGAUCUUGAUGUAGGAAUCAACGACCUUAAGAGCUACGAGUUAAAACCUACAGAUAAUUUUGCUCUCAAACUGCACAACAACGCCGACGGGAAUAAAAACGUCGAGAUGGUGCUGCAGAAACCUUUAGACAGAGAAAAGCAGGAGCAUAUAUCUCUGGUAUUAACAGCUGUGGACGGAGGGAAGCCGCAGAUGUCAGGAACAAUGCUGAUUGUCAUCACAGUUUUAGACGCUAAUGAUAAUGCUCCCGUUUUUACACAGCAAACUUACAAGGCUACAGUUACUGAGAAUUCACCAAAAGGCACCGUUGUUGCCACUGUUACAGCCUCAGAUGCAGAUCAAGGCUCGAACAGUAAAGUAACUUAUACUAUCACUAAUAAAUUUGAUGACAUAAGAAAAUUAUUUAAAAUAAACAGAGAAAGCGGUGAAAUUAAUUUAAUUGGGAAUAUUGACUAUGAGGAAUCGCGGAGUUUCCGAAUUGAUGUACGUGUAAGCGAUGAAGGAGGACUAACAGACUCCUGCAAAUUAAUAAUCGAUGUGCAAGAUGUAAAUGAUAACAAGCCUGAAAUUAACAUUAUGUCAAAAUCAUCUGUUAUAUCAGAGGAUGCCAAACUUAAUACAGUCGUUACAAUGAUAAACAUCCAGGACAAGGACUCGGGAGAGAAUGGGAAAGUGCUAUGUUACAUUGACGAAAAUGUACCAUUUACUCUAAAAACGUCAACAAACGAUUUUUAUAGUUUAGUAACAGACAGUGAUUUAGACAGAGAGAGAGCCUCUGAGUAUAACAUCACAGUGACGUGCUCUGAUGAGGGAGUGCCCUCCCUCUCCAGCAGCGUCACUCUCACCUUACAGAUCUCUGAUGUGAAUGACAACGCACCUGUCUUUGAGAGGAGCUCAUAUGAGGCCUACAUUGCAGAAAACAACACACCAGGCCUCUCUGUAUUCACAGUGAAAGCCAGAGACGCUGACUGGAACCAGAAUGCCCGUGUUUCUUACAUCCUGGAGGACUCCUCUGUGAACGGAGUGCCAGUCUCCUCAUAUGUGUCCGUUAGUGCUGAUAGUGGAGUCAUCCAUGCAGUGCGCUCUUUUGACUACGAGCAGAUCAAAGACUUCCAGUUCCGCGUCAAGGCGCAGGAUGGGGGCUCCCCUCCACUCAGCAGCAACGUGACAGUGAAAAUGGUGAUCCAGGACCAGAAUGACAACCCCCCUCAGGUCCUGUACCCGGUCCAGACUGGAGGCUCAGUGGUGGCUGAGAUGGUUCCUCGUGCAGCAGAUGUGGGCUAUCUGGUGACUAAAGUGGUGGCUGUUGAUGUGGACUCUGGACAGAAUGCCUGGCUGUCGUAUAAACUGCAGAAAGCCACAGACAGGGCGCUGUUUGAAGUGGGCUUACAGAAUGGAGAAAUCAGAACUAUCCGCCAAGUGAGUGAUAAAGAUGCUGUGAAACAAAGACUGACUGUUAUAGUGGAGGACAACGGGCAGCCGUCUCGUUCAGCUACAGUCAUUGUGAACGUGGUGGUGGCGGACAGCUUCCCUGAAGUGCUGUCAGAGUUCACUGACUUUACCCACGACAAGGAGUACAAUGACAACCUGACUUUUUACUUAGUGCUGGCUUUGGCUGUAGUGUCCUUUCUCUUCAUCACAUGUUUGGUGGUUAUUAUCUCAGUGAAAAUCUACAGAUGGAGACAGUCUCGGGUCAUGUAUCACUCCAAUCUGCCUGUGAUUCCAUAUUAUCCACCACGUUACUCAGACACUAUGGCCACAGGGACUCUGCCGCAUGUGUACAAUUACGAGGUGUGCAGGACGACUGACUCCAGAAGGAGUGACUGUAAGUUCGGCAUAGCUGGUAGUCAGAACGUGCUGAUCAUGGACCCCAGCUCCACAGGGACCAUGCAGCAGAUUCAGAGUGAGAAGAGCAUCCUGGAUGAACCAGACUCUCCUCUAGAGGUUAGACUGCUUUAA